UGGGGAGACAAUAGGAUUUGGAAUGAACAAGGACGAAAGUAAAUUCGCUGGCGAAGGUCAAUUGCCACUUGCACAUAUAAUUUGCAGCGUGUUUUUGGGGGAGAAGGAGAGAGAAAGAGAAGAAACUCUCACAAGAAAAGCACCAAAACACGAGACAAAGGAAUUGAAAAAGACCUUGAACGUUGUUUACGAUUUUGCUGCUUAUUUUGACGCGUUUGCCGUUGGAAUCGCGAAAUACUCUCGCUCCCUCCCCCCUUCUCUCUCUAAGUAUCUAUUGCUGACUUGCUUCCAAAUUUUUUGUUCGUUGUUUGCUGCCAUACUAGAUUGCUCAUUGCCAUUGCCCACUUCACCACCUAUAUUUCAACCGUGCAGGCAAUGGAUUUCAGUGACAAAUAUGAAAAAUAAUGGAAUAAACAUUCGAAUAGAAUUUGAAUUCCGUUGAAUUUAUUCGAUCUGUUUUUAUUCUUUUAUUUUUCAAUUGCUUUCUAUUGAAGCUACUUGGGCCAAGAUUUAUUGCUCAUGAAAAUGGAUCUUAGAGGAUCACUGGUAGUUGGUAUAUUCGUUUUUGAAUUUUGCUGGUUUGCCCACGGCAAUUUGGUGUUUCCUGUCCGCCACAAAUUCAAAGACCGGGAAAAUAUUUUGAGUGCUAUGAAAGCUCAUGAUGUUCGUCGUCGAGGUAGAUAUCUUUCGGCUGUGGAUCUGAACCUUGGCGGCAAUGGACAACCUUCUGAAACAGGGCUGUAUUAUACGAAACUUGGGCUCGGGUCUCCUCCAAAAGACUACUAUGUGCAAGUUGAUACUGGAAGUGACAUCCUAUGGGUUAAUUGUGUUGACUGCAUGAGAUGUCCAAGGAAAAGUGAUCUUGGAAUAGAGUUGACACUAUACGACCCAAAGGGCUCCAAAACUGCAGAUCUUGUUUCUUGCGCGGAAGAUUUUUGCUCUGACACAUAUGAUGGUCCAAUUGCGGGUUGCAAGUCUGAUGUGCCCUGCCCAUAUAGUGUAACUUAUGGAGAUGGAAGCUCCACAACUGGGUACUUUGUGAAGGAUUAUCUUACAUUCAACCAGGUCAAUGGUAACCUUCAUAGUUCUCCAGGAAAUAGCACGGUGAUUUUUGGGUGCGGUGCUAAACAAUCUGGGGCAUUAGGGUCAGCUAAUGAAGCUCUUGAUGGAAUACUUGGUUUUGGUCAAGCUAAUUCGUCUGUGCUUUCACAGCUUGCUGCAUCUGGGAAGGUGAAAAAAAUAUUUUCACACUGCCUUGAUAAUGUUCAUGGAGGUGGAAUCUUUGCCCUAGGGGAAGUGGUGGAGCCAAAAGUCAACACAACACCUUUGGUUUCUGGACAGGCACACUACAAUGUGAAUUUGAAGGAUAUUGAGGUUGAUAGGGAAGUUUUACAGCUUCCCACAGAUAUAUUUGAUUCUGGAAAUGGGAGGGGAACAGUAAUAGAUAGUGGCACAACUUUGGCUUAUCUUCCUGAUACAGUUUAUGAUCAAUUAAUGACCAAGGUUAUGGCUCAGCAGCCUGGGCUGAAAUUACAUCUGGUCGAGGAUCAGUUCACUUGUUUUCAGUAUACUGGAAAUGUUGAUGAUGGAUUUCCAAUCGUCAAGUUUCAUUUUGAGGGAUCUGUUUCUCUGACAGUUUAUCCACAUGACUACCUCUUCCAGAUUCAUGACAAUGUAUGGUGUUUUGGGUGGCAGAGGAGUGUGGCACAAACUAAGGACGGAAAGGAUAUGACUCUUCUUGGAGAUUUGGUUCUUUCAAAUAGACUCGUCGUAUAUGAUCUUGAAAAUAUGGCCAUUGGAUGGACGGAAUUCAAUUGCUCUUCUAGCAUUAAAGUGAAGGACGAAACAACUGGAGCAGUGUAUACAGUCGGCGCACACAAUAUAUCUUCAAUUUCCACCCUGUCAAUCGGAAGAAUAUUGACGUUCUUUGUAUUACUAAUGACCAUGCUAAAUUUAUUUAACUAGUUUUUAAUUUGAAGGGAUGGCAUUCAUUUGGUCUGACUGUAUUGUAAGUAGAAUCCCAAGAACAUUUAAGCGUUUUCAUUCUUUACCCUGCUGGUUCGGCCGUUGCA